GCCGCCGUCUCUGAUCCAAGCCACCUUCCGCCAGAGAGGCGUUAUGGGCUUCCGGAAGUUCUCCCCCUUCCUGGCACUCAGCAUCUUGGUCCUGUAUCAGGCAGGCAGCCUAAAUGCAGUACCAUUCAGGUCUGCCUUGGAAAACAGCCCUGACCUGGUUACACUCAGUGAGGAGGAAGCGCGCCUCCUGCUGGCUGCACUGGUGCAGGACUAUGUGCAGAUGAAGGCCAGUGAGCUGGAGCAGGUGCAGGAGCAGGAGACAGAGGGUUCCAGCCUGGACAGCCCCAGAUCUAAGCGGUGCGGUAAUCUGAGUACUUGCAUGCUGGGCACGUACACUCAGGACUUCAACAAGUUUCACACAUUCCCCCAAACUGCCAUUGGGGUUGGAGCACCUGGCAAGAAAAGGGAUAUGGUCAGCGACUUGGAGAGAGACCACCGCCCUCAUCGUCACCGCCCAGAAGAGAGCCUGCAACACUGCCACAUGUGUGACCCAUCGGCUGGCUGGCUUGCUCAGCAGAUCAGGGGGUGUGGUGAAGAGCAACUUCAUGCCCACCAACGUGGGUUCCAAAGCCUUUGGCCGGCGUCGCAGGGACCUUGAGGUCUGAGCCACUAAAUGACUCCAGGAAGAAGGUCACAAUGAAGCUGAAUGCUACUUCUUUUAAUGCGUAAUGAAAGCAAUUUGUUGGAAAAGAUCCACAGAAGACAUACGUAUUUGCAUCCUUCUUGAUACUGAAAACUAUCUUCUUUGUUUGAAAGGAACAAAUGCUAAAUGCAGAAUAAGCUCAUUGCAGUUAUUUAUUGUGCAUAUUUUUAAUAUUUGAUUCUGUAUCCAAUAAACGUGGCAGCAUGUAUCAUUGGCUUAUCUAGUAGCAAAUCUGGGCUCCAUCAGCCAUCCUAUUAACGUUGGCAGCUCUGCUAAACCUCAGGGGGACAUGAAAUCACUGCCUCUUGGGUGUCUGGGGACACAUGGUAAUGCUGUGCCUUGACAGAACUGUUUGUUUAAAGAAAUGUCAAUGUUGUCAUUUGUGAACUUCAUCAAAAUUAAAAAUGUAUUUUCUAUACCCUUAAA